AUGGAGUACUACGCCAUUUUCAUACCCAACAACACGUCCAACUUCGCGAUCAAAAGCUUCUACAACAAUAAAAUCGAAGCACUGGGUGCAUUGAAGCUGCACAAAGAUGCCCGAAUGAAAGCAUUUUCCACGAGCGAAGAAGCGGUCUACUUUUACCUGCAUGGACCAUCUGAGGGAGCGGCUACUGUUGGUGGUGGUGCUGCUCUAGCAGCACCCGGUAGUCCGAUACCGACCGCCGAGCGUAAGGUACCGAAGUCACCAUUCGUCGCCCCAUCGAGCCAGAAGCUGGUAGCGUUCCGGAAGCUAAUCGAAGCCAACAACAUCGAAGAAGUGCGCACAAUGGUUCAGCAAAAUCCACGCUAUCUUAUCAGCUCAGGUGACACACCAACCAUCCUUAAGGAGGGCCCCCGGUACAACGCCCUGCACAUCACAGCUAUUGAAGGACGGAGCGACAUAUGCCGACUGAUACUGCAAACGAUAGAGAAUCCAGCCUACAUUGAGCUGCUGCACGGACAACGCACAUCCUCGACCGAUGAGGUUACUGCCAUACUGCUCGACCUGUAUCUAAACACACCGGAUAAAUGCCGGAACGAAACGCCACUCCAUUUUGCCGCCAAACUGGGCUGGGUGGAUGUAGUGAAGGAACUGAUUGCCUUCCCGCAGUGCCAGGUGAAGCCAAACGCGGACGGGUUGUAUCCGCGGGAAAUUAUCUGCAGCCGGGCCAAGCAAGCUAACAACACGAUCGAAAUACGGGAUGCUAUCUACGCGCUGUUGAAGGAAAACUUUUUUGUUCCGGUGAUUCGCACGGAAGACAACAGCAUACCGCCCACCGUGGGUGAACCGUUCUCACCGACCGGACUGCCCAAGCUGGAUGAAUCGAGGGACAAAUUGAACGCCCGUCGGGAAAUUAAAGCGUACGCUGGUCCGAUGGAUCAGGAAAAGGCGCUACGGUUUUGUAAGCGUUGGAAAACGCCACCCAGAUUGAAGAUUCUCGGAGCGGCAAUGGUGCAGAGCGAUAGCAAGCUGUCGGAGAUGAGAAAAAGUUCGACUCCGAUCAAGGCCGCCGCUCGGCGGCUGUUUGCGAACCGUUCGUUCGAUGGCAGGCUGGAAGAGGAACAAGACGGCGCACAGGAGCAACGUAACAACAAUAACACGCUCGUCGAUUCAAGCCUGGACGAAAGCCUGGAGCAGUUGGAAAAAUUAAUCCCCGACGACAACGGCAAUCACUUACGAAUGUCUGUUCCGUAUACGCCCAAUCGACUGUUCUUCUCGUACCGCAAUCAUCUAGCGAACGAUAGCAUCGAUACGGAAGAUUCGUACUGUGGCAAUGACGCGGACGCUGCCAACUUUAGCUACGUAUGCGAGGAAACGCAGACGACGUACGAGAAAGCGAACGUGACGGAGUCACCCUCGUUCAAGGAACGUUCCAUACGCAUCACAGACCCGACCAAAGGGCUCGAAACGGUCGGGCGUAUGUUGGCCGAGAAGGAGCAGGUCGGUUGGAAGGAGUACUGGAGCUUUUUGGGCACAUUCUGUAACAUCGCGGAUGAGACGGGUUUGACGAUGCUGGAGCAGUACCUAGCACAAAAGAAAAAACAGCAGGAGGGUGUGCUGGAAGCGGAAAGCAUAGCCGAAAGCGAUGGAAAUUCGACGUGCCAAAAGGAACGUUCGUUUAACGAGGUGAUGAACAUGAUUUGUGAAUCGACCCAAAAGAUGCACCUCAAUAUGGCCGAUGAGUUGCAAAGAACGGCCGUAUCUAACCCGUAUCGCUGCCUUUUGAAUUCAUUGCACGUCUUUGGCACACGUUUGGUAAAUAGUGUACUGAAACCGAUAACGAAGAGUUCCGACGAGUCUGUCGGUGAAACGUUCCAAGCCCAGAUCCGACAGCUGGAGAAGCUGCUGGAGAACUAUCGUAACGACGCGGCAUUUCGGAUGAUUAAUUUUUCCAAAGUACAUGCUCUAUUUUCGUACUUAAUCGUUGCGAAUGUGCCACAGAACCGUAACGGAGAUGCGAAGUCGUCCAACAUGUGGAAACCUUUGCUGCGCAGCGAUUCGUUGAACGAAACCGCAAAAUGUGUCGCAAAGUUUCUGUUACAAUUUUCCGACAAUCCUUCGACGGUUGCUCCCUUUGACUUUGGCGAUGAAGCAGAGCGGAACUGGAAAACGCUCUGGGAGGAUAAUGCACACAUUCUGCCAUGCAACUGCCGCACCGAUGGACCGACGCACAUCGCUGGCAAAGGUAUACUGGAGCGAAUGAACAAACGGCGUGAAAAACGAGCGAUUCGCACACCGUCAUCGUCGGAAUCCGUGCCGACGAAUGUAGUGGUUGACUUCCACACAUAUCGCAGUGCCGGAACUGGGCGUGAACUUACACCGGAUGGAUCGUUCGAGGAGGAUGAACGAUACUAUAGCUGCAGUGAUUCGGAAAACGAGCAGGAAGACAUGUUCUUCACGCCACCAUCCAGCCCCAAGGUGGUGCGAAAGGAUCACAAUGGAAACAGUCCUGAGGCCGCGACACUGCUGCAGAAGCUGAACAGCGCUGGAACACCGGACGACGGAUUGAUGGACCAGAGUGUGGAGGAGGACAACGAGGGUUAUGCGGUGUUCAUUUCCGGGCCGUUGCCAACCCAGCCCGACACGGACGUUUGGAAUGUGUUGAAACUGAUCGACGUUGACCAGGCGUCCUAUCCGCACGUGUACGCCUGGAAGUGUGCGAUGGCUGAGUAUGAGUCGUAG